AUGGCCGUAGCUCCGGCAAUUCUCCAACCAACUCUCUUCUUCUUUUUCUUGUUCUUGUUGUUCAUCACUUUCCCUUUGAUAUAUUCCAUGUCAGAAGCUGAAGCUUUGCUGAGUCUCAAAAACUCAUUCUCGAAUGCUGAAGCUCUUAAUAGUUGGGUGGCUUUUUCUGUACCCUGUUCAUCAUGGGAAGGUGUUGUUUGCUACAAUGGCUUUGUCACGGGGCUUCGCCUUGGAGGAAUGGGGUUAUCAGGGAUAAUAAAUGUUGACGCGUUACUUGAACUCAAGGGUCUUCGAACUAUCAGCAUUGUGAACAAUUCUUUCUCAGGUUCCAUCCCAGAACUCAAUCGAAUAGGUUUCUUGAAAGCCAUGUAUUUUUCAGGGAAUAAGUUUUCAGGGGAUAUUCCUCAGGAUUACUUCCAGAGAAUGAGGUCUUUGAAGAAAUUGUGGCUAUCUGAUAAUGAAUUCACGGGCAAUAUUCCAUCAUCAUUGGGUGAGAUUCCUCAUCUUAUUGAGUUACAUCUCGAAAACAACCAGUUUAGUGGAAGUAUUCCAAAUCUGGAGAACCCAUCGUUGGUGGAAAUCAAUGUUUCCAACAACAAAUUGGAAGGUGAAGUUCCACCUAGUUUGUUGAAAUUUCAUGAGAGCUCUUUUUCAGGGAAUUCUGGUCUUUGUGGUGACAAGUUUGGUAAAACAUGUGAAAAGGCAACAGAGGACACAAAUCCUGUUAAUGCACAAAAUAAUGCAGAGCAUAACAACAACAUUGGUAAUGUGUCUGGUGGGACAAAUGGAAGCAAGGGUAGGAAUAGCACACUGCAAAUUGUUGGCAUUAUAGCAGCAAGUGUAGUGCUUAUCUCACUUAUUGUAUUUUUUAUUGUGAGAUCAAGGAGAAAGAAGGAUAAGAAUUUUGAUAUGAUUGGACAACAAAUUAACGAUGGUUCAGUUGAAGUUCAAGUAACUGCACCUGUGAAAAGAGAAGUGGAUUCAAUGAAAAAAACAUCAAGUAGGAGGGGAUCUUCCCAUGGAAAGGGAACGGGAGAACUUGUGAUAGUGAAUGAUGAGAAGGGUAUUUUUGGGUUACCAGAUUUGAUGAAGGCAGCCGCGGAAGUGCUAGGAAAUGGAGGAUUCGGAUCAUCUUACAAAGCUGUGAUGGUUAAUGGAGUGGCAGUGGUGGUGAAAAGGUCGAGAGAGAUGAAUGCAUUGGAAAAAGAUGGUUUUGAUGCAGAGAUGAGGAAGCUUGGAAAUCUAAAACACUGGAAUAUCUUGACCCCUUUGGCCUAUCAUUUCAGAAAGGAUGAGAAACUAGUUAUCUCUGAGUAUGUUCCCAGAGGAAGUCUACUUUUUUUCCUUCAUGGUGAUAGGGGAUCACAUGCUGAACUUGAUUGGCCUGCUCGUUUAAAAAUUGUAAGAGGGAUUGCUGAAGGGAUGACUUAUCUUCACACAGAACUUGCUUCCUCAAAUCUACCCCAUGGAAAUCUCAAGUCUAGCAACGUUCUUCUUGGACCAGAUUAUGAACCAAUGCUUGUAGAUUACGGGUUUAUCCAUCUGGUUAACCCUUCCAGUGCUAGACAAGCACUAUUUGCUUAUAAGGCUCCAGAAGCAGCGCAACAAGGCCAAGUUUCGCCUAUUUGUGAUGUUUACUGUCUUGGGGUUGUGAUACUUGAGAUACUCACUGGAAAAUUUCCUUCUCAAUAUCUUAGCAAUGGAAAGGGUGGAACUGAUGUAGUGGAAUGGGUUAAAUCAGCAAUUACUGAGGGAAGGGAAUCCGAACUACUCGAUCCUGCAAUUACAAGCUCUAGGAAUUCACUAGGUGAAAUGGCUCGACUCCUCCAUAUAGGUGCUGCUUGCACUGAGAGUAACCCUCAACAACGAUUAGACAUGGUGGAAGCCAUUAGAAGGAUAGAGGAGAUAAAAACCGAGGGUAGCAGAGAAUCAAGAACAAUAGAGGUCUUACCAUCUCUCAGAGAUGGUUAUGCAGACUCUCAUGUAUUUGAUACCCAAGGCCAAGGGCACGUCGAACAAUCACGUAGGAGACAUGGAUCAGACAGUGGAAGCCAGGAAUAUUUUGAAUUUGGCAUCUCCUAA